CUUCACCAAGCACACCAAACUUCAAGAACCAAUCAUCUCCAAUUUUCUCUUCCAACACCACAAAACAAUUAUUCUUUUAAAACCAUAAUGGAUUUUUCUCUACAAUUUUCAAGAAUUAUAACUUUAGCUUAUACAUUCUUGAUUUUUCUUCCUGCUCAUGGCCAAAUCACUACCCCAUGCACACCUUCAUUGCUAGCUUCAUUCACUCCUUGCAUGAAUUUUCUUACAAAUAGUACUGCAACUGGUUCUAAUCCCACCGCGGAUUGUUGCGGUUCGAUUAAGAAUCUGACCAGUAAUGGCAUGGACUGUCUGUGUCUGAUUGUAACCGGAAGUGUUCCGUUCCAAAUUCCGUUCAACAGAAGCUUAGCCCUCUCUCUCCCUCGUGCUUGUAACUUGCCCGGCGUUCCGGUUCAGUGCAAAGCCUCUAGUUCUCCACUUCCUGCUCCAGGCCCUGCCUCACUUGGACCGACUCAAUCUCCUCGGAAUUCUCCAUCAACUAGUCCUACAGCUUCAGUUGUUCCUGAGCCAACUUCAUCAACUAGUCCACCAGAAACCAGCACAACACCACUUCUGACUCCACCGUCGCCAACAACGAGCAGCGGUACCCCGACAUCGGCAGCCGGAAGCCGCCCGGUCCUGACUCCACCAUCGUCUGCUGUCUCCGCUUACAGCUUUUCACCUUCUCUUCUGCUAUUUGCAUUAGCAUGUCUAGUUUUGAAAAAUUACUAGAUUGCUACUUGUAAUUUAUUAGUAGUAACAUUCUUUUGUUUGGGUGUGUGAUUAUUUAUUUUGUGAUUACAGUUUACAUGUUGAGAGCCCUAUUGGGAGAUUAUUUAUUGAGUAUUAUCUGUAUUAUUUUUAUGUUUUGGUGAAUAAAAUAUUUACUUAUUUUAUUAUGGCAA